UCUCCGGUCCACAGCCACAGGGUGCAGAGCACAGCGGCACCAGCACAGGAUCUACUCCAACACCUCCACCACUCAUUCCCGAACACUUCUCCAUCGCGUUGAAAGUUAGAUAGAUUUUUUUUUUUUUUGCAAUCGUUACAUGACACUUGUCAAAUUAGAUCCACGUGAUUCGGACCAGCACUCUAUGAAAAAAAGGAGGAAGAAGACAACAACAUUGCGGUGUGCGUUACGCAGCGGAGGGACGGAAAGUGUUGACUUUUUUUUUUUUUUUCUCUCUUUUCUCCUUCUCUUGUCUUUGAUUAAAAUUUUGCUGCUUGAUAAGAGCAGACGACUUUAUUUGGAUGCCAAAAAUUGGAUGAGACAGCGGCGCCGCAUGCUGUGCAACAAGAGAAAUGGUGGUGACGCACGGAAUACAAGAGUUUUGUGUUAAAUGGAGAACUGCCCACAGAGGAUAAAUUGCGUUCAAAGUUGUGAGGAUAUCUGCUGAGGGGUGUUAUCCAUCCGGCGGCUUCCUCCUCCUCCUCCUCCUCCUCCUCCUUCUCACCCCUCCUCACGAUUACAAAUGAGUCCACGGCGAGACAUGGGGCCGCUCCAGUGCGUGGGACUCACCGCGCUUCUCCUGUGCACAGUGGGGGACAGUAAAGUUGUCCUGGAGGGUCUGCAGAGGUACGGUCCCACGCCAAUCUAUCUGCCUGUCAGCUAUCAAAUCGUCAAUGCAGAGUCAGCAUUCUUCCUCCAGGAGGCAAACCAGGACUUAAUGAGGAACUCCAGCCUGCAGGCUCGCACAGAGUCUUUCUUCAUCCACCAAGCCCGGCAGAUGCCCUAUGUCAACGCUAGCUACGGUCCACUGUCUGUCCAGCAGCCAGUCCCUCUGGAGCUGCUGCAGACCCUGCCCGGGCCCUUCAGCACACCCUCCUUUACUUCAUCAUCAGUACCCACAUCAGCAUCAUCGUCACCUCUUUUCACAUUCAACUGGAAGGUCCACACCUAUAUUAUCAGUGAGAGGAUUCACCCCAGCUGGCCAAAGGUGCAGGUGUUGUUCUAUAUCGCAGGCAGGGACUGGGAUGAUUACAGCGCCAUCCACAAACUGCCCUGUGUCAGGAUGUUUGCCUUCCAUGAGACUCAAGAGGUGCGUGGGACAUGCAGGCUAAAAGGUGAGCUGGGGAUUUGUGUUGCGGAGCUCGAGCCCUUGGCCAGCUGGUUUAGCCCCCCCUCUGUCAGGCCUGGCAGGCAGAGGGUAUCUGAGCAGGCCCAGGGCACACCUGUGGAGCUCUAUUACAUGGUUCAAACAACAGAGACUGGGGACUGCAACACAGAGGAUUCAAGAAAAGACAGCUCCAUUCGCACAGAUCAGCCAAGGCCGAUGGGCUAUUUUGCAGGGCACACGCCUAUGCAGCGCAUUGGGAGUGUCCGACUGUUUCAGCCACUGUCAGAGCUGAAGUUGGACAAUAACUUUGUGGUGAUGUCACCUUCCAAACCCAUUCGGCAGAGAGAAACAGUCUCUACCUUUCUGGCUCUUUCCACGCUUUCAUCAGUGCAAAUAUUCACCCUCAGGGUGAAGCUGAAGGACGGUGUGGCAUUCCUUGGCGCCAGAGCCAGUAACCCAGUCGUGUGGACGGUGAGCCAGGAUGUACGGAGCGAAGGUCACAGAGUCGUCACCCUCCACUGUCGGAGGAAGGAGAACAGUUUUAGUCAAAGAGUGGAGGCGGCGGGCUACCAGCGAGUGCUGCAGGUGGACCUGGAGGUGAACGGCCUGAUGGUCACCCAAGGGGGUAGGGAGGUGACAUGGCAGGUGGAGUACCCACUCACCCGCACCCUGACCAGCGAGGUCCAGACCCUUAUCCGCCUGGCACCGCAGGACCUGGGCGGCAUUGUGCCCCUCGCUAUGGACACUGAGAUCCUCAACACAGCUGUCCUCACUGGGCGAACGGUAGCAGUGCCGGUGAAAGUAGUCACCGUGGGAACAGAUGGAGCAGUCUCUGAUGUAACCGAGUCAGUUGAGUGCAAGUCAACAGAUGAGCAGGUUAUCAAGGUGUCAGAGCGCUGUGAUUAUGUGUAUGUUAAUGGGAAGGAGACGAGAGGAAAGGCCAAGGUGAUGCUUAACUUUACGUACAGUUUCCUGAGUGCCCAGCUGGAGAUGAGUGUUUGGAUGCCCCGUCUGCCCUUGCUCAUUGAUGUGGCCGACCCCGAGCUGAGCCAGAUCAAGGGCUGGAAGGUUCCUGUUACUACAGGCAGCAGGAGAUAUGAAAGGGUCACCGAUGACAAGGAUAAUGAGGAAGCAGCAGAAGAUCGGACAGACAGUGGCUGCGUGGCGCAGUACCAGAGCACGACCCUGCGUGUCCUCACACAUUUUGUGACUGAUGCUGGAGAAGUUCGAGGGGCUGCAGAGGAGGAGGGGCCAGGCCAGCAGAACUUCCUGCUGGGUAGUGACUGGCAGGUGGAAGUGACACAACUCGUCAAGGACUCGCUGAAGGUGGCAGACCCAAGAGUUUUCCAGCUUCUGGAUGGACAAAUCCUGAUUGGACAGAGUGCUGGGACCAGCAAACUACAGGUGCUGUCUCCUCUCACAUCCUCUGUCUUGGCUGAGAGGACCAUAAGGGUGGUGGAUGAUAAAGUCACUGUGACAGAGCUGGGGGUGCAGUUGGUAUCUGGACUCUCUUUGUCUCUGCAACUCAGCCCGGGAAGCAACAGAGCCAUCAUCGCCACCGCAACUACACAGGAAGUCAUCGAAUCCCUCAAACAGGAGUCCUUCAUCAGUGCUUGGCUCCAGUUCAGUGAUGGCUCCAUGACUCCUCUAGACAACUACAACCCCUCUCAUUUUAUCCUUUCAGCCACUUCUUUAGAUGAAAAGGUGGUGACAGUGCAGCGUAACGCAACAUGGAAGUGGCUGACCAUUGUUGCUAAAGGUGAGGGUCAGGGUCUACUGGUGCGAGUCGAAAUGAGCCCCUCAGAGGUAUGCCAGAAAGCGAAACGGCGCACCAUCUUAGCCACUGGAAUGGCAAAUAUACAAGUGAGGUUUGGCCAAUCAGAAGAGCAAUACAGACAACCUGGAGACCGGAGAACAAGGCCUGAUCCUCCUUACUAUGGUGGUUCUAUCUCCGACAUGGAGACUGGGUUAAUUAACCGUGGAGCCACAACUAUUAGGGGCCAUGUCCCAGUGAGACCUAAUGGGGGCCGUCUAUCAGCAGACAGUGGAAUGAGGGUCCCGAGCGAAUUCUCUGAAUACCCAGACCAGGGAGAGCUGCCUAGGAGCCGCAGUACUGAUGAGGACCUGCUGCCUUCCCGUAGAGGCCUUACAGACUUAGAAAUUGGCAUGUACGCUCUGCUCGGAGUGUUCUGCCUGGCCAUCCUGGUUUUUCUCAUUAACUGCAUCUCUUACGCAUACAAGUAUCGCAGUAAGCACCUGUCCUUGGAGGCCCCAGAGGCCAUGCCACAUGCCCAUGACUGGGUUUGGCUGGGCCAAGAGGAGGGGCUUUGUCUGCAGCAACAACAACAUGACGAGCUGGGCGGGACCCUGGAGGAGGGUAGUCAACUCUUAAAUGGAGGUGUCCAGCGUGGUAAUAGCGGUGUGGGAGGAUGUAGCUCAGGUGGGAGGGAUCACAGAAAUGAGUCACUUAAUUCACCCACCACCAAGAGAAAGCGGGUGAAGUUUACAACCUUUUCCAAUGUCAAGUCCAGUAAUGGAUGUCCUGUGCUCAGCCCAUUAGCACUAGUGCAGACCAGUGAGAUAAAAUGGGUAUGUCCGGAUAUCGAGCUUGGGGAUUCAAAGGACCUCAGGAACUACAUGGAAAGGCUGAAUGAGAAUGCAAUCAAGAACAUUGCGUAGGGAGUACUGUGUGUUUUAAAUGAACCUAAAGAGAAACUCACCUGAAUGCCUUCAGAAUAAGGAGGGACUGAGGGUUGGGGUGAAAAAGGAAAAGAAUGGUACAGACUCCAAACUGUACCUCACCGCAACAACAGGACAAGUGCAUUCAGCCUCUGUUGUUUCCAUAACAGUACACAGAAAAGGUCAAGCAAUGGACUACAACAAGAAAGCAUCUGCCACGGCACCACAGCAUAGUUCAAAGGGGAAAAUGUGAACUCGAUAUUGUUGCUUAACUUAAAGUAUGUUCCUUGUCUUUAAUUGAUGUUUCUUUAUUUUUUAUUCACCGUGUACUUUGUUUUGCGUUUUCUUUUUAAAUCAUGUACUGUUGUAUUUGUUGCUUUUUUUAGAGUUGCUGUAUGCUCUGUAUCACCUGUUAAUAAUUAUAGAUUCUAGGAGAGAAGAAUUAAAAGCAAUUUUGUACUGUAUAUAAAUAGAGAUUGAUUUGGAGGUAUUAUGUAAAGUAAAAUUUUGUAAAGUGCUGUUUGGUUUUGUUUUAGUUCCUUUGGUCUCCCAAAACCAGAUCCAUGCAUGACGUUAUUAAAGAGGAGGCAUGUGCGUCUGAUCUGGCACCUAAAAUUACAGUGUGUAGAUAACUUAUACCAAUACUGGGAGACAUGUCAGUUUAGUAUUAUUGCAUUAAUUAAUUGUGAGCCAAGCUUUUGGUUGGGUUUACUAUUGAAAUUGGGUGAAAUGGUUUUGUUAUCCCCAUAUUUUCCCCUCUUAUGUUAAUGUUAUUCUUUAUUUGACUUCCCUUGAUUCAGUGGCAUACUAGGUUUUUUUAUACUUCAAAUGUCCACCAUCCAGCAAUAGGUUUACAGAAGCUUAAAUCUGAAUUCAAUAGAAAUACUGAUCAGCAUCAGGAGACAAUCACAAAUGAUUUAUGACCAAACCCCUCCAUUACUAGUGUUCAGUAAAACUCAGUCCAGUUUAUUAGUACCAACUACUAAAUGUAACUCCAUUUCUUAUUCUACUGUACAGGACAUGUGGAUUCAAGCAAAAAGGAAGUAAGGCAGCGAAUGAAUGAAGAAUUACAAACUGUCAAAUGGCAGACCUAAAUCUGACCUCUUCAGUCCUUAAGUCAUGUGUUCAUUUUUCUAUCAUUGCUUUAAAACUGACUGCUGGACUAAUUAAAACUGAAAGUGACUCUUCUUCA